AGAAUUUGUAAGGUUCUGCUUUUGUUCUCCAUGUUGUGAUAAACUGUAGGUUUGAAAGCUAGAAGAGGUAGUUUUGAGUGUACUCUUAAGGGCUUUCUUGUUCCCUUUAAUUUUGUGUUCUGAGUUAAAUAUCUUAAUUAUUCACUGCUGAUGAAUGUGUGUAUUCUUCCUUUUAGAAUUCGUUGUUAUCCAUAAUGGAAUCAUCACAAAUUAUAAGGACCUGAGAAAAUUUCUGGAGAGCAAAGGCUACGAAUUUGAAUCUGAAACAGAUACAGAAACAAUCCCCAAACUGAUCAAAUACAUGUAUGACAACAGAGAGAGUGAGGACACCAGUUUUUCAGCCUUGGUAGAAAGAGUUAUUCAACAGUUGGAAGGUGCUUUUGCAUUGGUUUUCAAGAGUAUCCAUUACCCAGGUGAAGCUGUUGCUACCAGGAGGGGGAGUCCUUUGCUCAUUGGGGUAAGGAGCAAGUACAAGCUUUCAACUGAACAGAUUCCUGUUUUGUAUAGAACAUGCAACAUUGAGAAUGUGAAGAACAUCUGCAAUUCCCGAGUGAAAAGACUGGACAGCUCAACCUGCCUUCAUGCUGUUGGGGAUAAGGCAGUAGAAUUCUUCUUUGCUUCAGAUGCAAGUGCUAUCAUUGAGCACACCAACAGAGUGAUUUUCCUAGAAGAUGAUGACAUUGCAGCAGUAACUGAUGGGAAGCUCUCAAUUCACCGUCUGGAGCGUUCGGCCAGUGAUGAUCCUUCCCGGGCCAUCCAAACCUUGCAGAUGGAAUUGCAGCAAAUCAUGAAGGGUAACUUCAGUGCCUUCAUGCAGAAGGAAAUCUUUGAGCAGCCAGAAUCAGUUGUCAACACGAUGAGAGGAAGGGUGAAUUUCGAGAGCAGCACAGUUUUGCUGGGGGGGCUGAAGGAUCAUUUGAAGGAAAUCAGAAGGUGCCGAAGACUGAUCAUUAUUGGCUGUGGGACCAGUUACCACGCUGCAGUAGCUACUCGACAAGUAUUGGAAGAAUUAACUGAAUUACCAGUGAUGGUGGAACUUGCCAGUGACUUCCUGGAUAGAAACACCCCUGUAUUCAGGGAUGAUGUGUGCUUUUUCAUAAGCCAGUCAGGUGAAACUGCAGAUACACUUAUGGCCUUGAGGUAUUGCAAAGAACAUCGUGCUCUGACAGUUGGCAUCACAAACACAGUUGGAAGCUCAAUAUCCAGGGAGACUGACUGUGGGGUACAUAUCAAUGCAGGACCUGAGAUAGGUGUGGCAAGCACAAAGGCUUAUACCAGCCAGUUCGUGUCUCUUGUAAUGUUUGGCCUAAUGAUGUCUGAAGACAGAAUUUCCUUGCAGAAAAGGAGACAGGAGAUCAUUAGUGGACUAAAAUCAUUGCCAGAGAUGAUUAAAGAAGUCUUGUCCUUGGAUGAGAAGAUACACGAUUUGGCUCUUGAACUGUACAAACAAAGAUCGUUGCUGGUUAUGGGUCGUGGGUAUAAUUACGCCACUUGUCUGGAAGGAGCUUUGAAAAUAAAAGAAAUCACCUAUAUGCACUCUGAAGGGAUCCUGGCUGGUGAGCUGAAACAUGGGCCAUUAGCCCUAAUAGAUAAACAAAUGCCUGUUAUCAUGGUGAUAAUGAAGGAUCCCUGUUUCACCAAGUGCCAGAAUGCUCUGCAACAGGUCACUGCUCGGCAGGGUCGUCCAAUCAUUCUGUGUUCUAAAGAAGACACAGAAAGCUCAAAAUUUGCCUACAAAACCAUUGAGCUCCCUCAUACCGUUGACUGCCUUCAAGGAAUCUUGAGUGUUAUUCCUCUUCAGUUGCUUUCAUUCCACCUGGCUGUUCUCAGAGGAUAUGAUGUGGACUUUCCAAGAAAUUUGGCCAAAUCUGUUACUGUAGAAUAACAGCCAAGAACAGCUGAUGUUUUUGUCACCAGACCUCUGAGUUAUACUUGUAGAAAUGUAUUGUUCUCAACUGAUAGGUACAUGUUUUUUCUAAAGAGAAUGACAGUGCUGACUGGAAAGUGUCAAAAGGAUUUACCUUGCAGCUUAAAAAGCUUUUGAUGUGCCUUGUACCCAAGUGCUUUUGCUCACAGCAAAUAUUCCUCUAAGUCCUGGAAUUGCCAAAGAAGAUAAAAAUUGUUUACACAUGGUAUACUGAAUGAACUUUUCUACUGUGCAAUAUAUAUAUAUGUACAGCUCUCUCCAGAGUAACUGUGAACAUUUUUUUAGCCUACACUACUUAACUAGUUUUAAAGAUAUAGUAUUUAUAACUACAAUUGUAUAGCUUUUUUUUUAAGUUAUUUUUUUAGUACAUUGCUUAUCUGUAACAUUGUUAAUGCUCAGAAUGUAAAUACUGAGCAUGUUGACACUUAUGUACAGUUGUUGGGGAUUUCUCUUCUUCAGCCUCAAACUGGAAAUUUGUUGUCCCUCUUCCUCCCCACCUUUCUCUCCUCCCCUUUACAUCUGUGUUUCAUAUUUAACCAGUCAUUUGCAAAGUUAUUCUGUGGCUGUAAAUUCCCAGCUAUGUUCUAAGUUUCUGCUUCUUCCAACUAAUUUGAACAUCUAGAACAUCAUUUGUUUUCUAUGCCACCCUAGCUCUUAUUUGCAUAACAUGUACGGUGCAACAGAAUAAGGGAACUGGAUGUCUUUCAAGUGAUAUUUUUGUUUGAAGAGGGUACAAUGAA